UGGAUCUGUAAGAAUUAAUCAUUUGUGUUGAAUUUUUCAUGAAUGACCUGAAACCAGUCUCUGACAUCAUGUGUCACUGUUUGGGGUCACUAAUGCGGUUCUGAUUUUAAGGUGAAAAGGGUGUAUUUGGGGUUGGGCAUAUAGUAGUAUGCAGUGAGAUGAUUUUUCAGUAUGUUACUACAUGUGUAAAACUUUUUUUUAGGAGUGCCCUUAAAUCAGUGUCCAGUAUCACACAUCAAGUUUUGGGUUGAAGGUCGUUUCCUGCAGUUUUAGGGCAAACAAAAUUACUUUGGUUUUGUCAAUAAUACAAGGCACCGAGAUGAUUUUCCUUUUUUUUCCAGCUUGAAAUCACUCAUGUACAUCACACAUCAAGAUUGGGGUGAAACUAUUGAACAGGUCUGAUUACUGUGAAUGGUGCGCUGUGCGUAUGCUGCAUGGUCGAGUUGCCUUAAGUCAAAUUGGUAAACCGUACUGGGCGUUGGACCCAAGUGUCACGUAAAUCGUUGGCGCAAACGCCAGUGGCAUUGCCUCCAUGCAGAAAACCAUGCUGGCGCUCGAGAUCUGUCCGGGAUAUUUCUGAAGAUUUUUCUUUGAAAUUCGAUCUUAAAGGUGCUGAAAGGAAAGCAAGAAAGUUACUACUGAAUUAUGGACAGCAGGUACGAGUGGUCUUGACUCGAGGUGCGUGUUGUCCAACGUACGAGUUGACUCAAAUGUAUUUUUGAAUGCCGUACAUUUGCUGACUACGCUUCAAGUACCAACCGUCUGCACCGGGGCCAAAAAUAACAGCUCAAACAAACUUGGGUUGUAACCUGCCAUCCUGCUGCUAACUGUGAUUAAAUUUGAAAGAGAAAGCAGCUAUGUACGUGAAAACAAAUUUUACUUUUACGAAAAUUUCAUGGAUUACAUGUCCACACUAUCAGUGAUACUAUUUCCGUUAUGCAGUUUUUUCACCAUAGCGUUUUUGAAGAUUCAAGUACGGUAUCGUGUACUCCACGAAUAUCUGUUGGUAUUUGCAUUGAUCAUUUCAUUGAAGGCACGGGACUGACAUUUCUGCAUAUGCAAAAGUGCGCACAGAAAGUAAAAUUGAGCUUUUUCUUAUAAUUUAAAAUAACUUUUUUCACUUGCAAAUUUCUAAAUAAAAAUGUUUUCAUCUGUACAAACUUUUCGUAGUUUUGAAAAACCCUGUAGCACUCACUAUAAAUAUCUGUUAUGCACUGAGAAAAUUAAUGGAAUAGUGGCAGCUCUAAAUUAUGAUUUGUCUUUGUUUCCCCAAUAACAGGAAAGCUAUAAAUAAGUCAAUCAUUUCACAGAUUUUGCAUUAUUAAUCGAAUUCUUGGAAAGACUGCUACGGACACAAUCGAUGCCAAAGGCUAGGCCUGGGGCGCGCAUGCACCGGUACAUGUACAUGUACGUUUACAAAUAAUGUACUGUGCAUGUACUGUAUAAAGUACAUGUACUGUACAUGUACAAACAUGCACGUGCGUGAGCUGGUAGACUCGGGCCUGGCUUGCAGGCCUUCUCAGUGGACUAGUUAUAGAAGUGUGCAGAUGUUGGCCGCAGUCGCUAUUUCGCCGCGUGGCCACCGGCGGAACUACAAGUACAUGUACAAGUUGCGGUCCUUCUUUGCAACGAAGAAAGCAAAUCUGCAAAACCAAAAGGGAACUGCGCAGUGCCAGAACUACCGGUUGGCCUACUGUACAUGUCUGCAAACAUGCACAGUACAUGCCCGUUCGGGAUGCCGGUAUCAGCCAAUUCAACAUUCAAUGACAUGUCUUAAUUACUUCUUGUACAAGUAUGACAAGGAAAACAUGAAAGAUUGGACCAUGGAUGUGAGUGGCUUUGCGGGCACAUCAACCUCAAGUGUACACCAACUGAAUCUCACAGACACAGAACCACUGAACUGCAGUAAUCUCUCAGACACUGAGACAGAGAGUAAUUGCAAUGUGACAGACUGUGAUCCUUUGGAAGUGUCCAAAUUCAGCAGUGUGACGGACACUGAACCGGUCUUUUGGUCGGGGUCCGAAGACUCUUUCUCAUCAGAGGGAUCAUUUUCUGAGCUGAACUCAUCAACACCAUCAAAGCCAAGUUCUAGCAAUGCUGUCCUAGAGCUUCAGGUAUCUCCUGUUGGCAGUCAUUUUCUUCCGGGGAGUAAGAGGUGCCAGAGAGAGCCUAUUGAGAUCUUGCUUGAUAAGUGCUGUGAGAAUAAAUGCUUGAAAACACUGUCAUUGCUAGAUGUAGAACUUUGCCUGCUGGAAGUUCAGGACUUAGGAAGCACCCAGCAGAGGCAAUUUAUUGUGGACAAUAUUAGAGACAAAUGUCAGUUUCUACAAAAUCAAGAUGGGAAAAGGCUUGUUAAAAGCCGGUUUCUUGUUCAUGGCAAGCCAGUGUGUGAAAAAGCUUGGUGUUUGGCAUAUGGCUUCACAUAUAGAAGAUACCUGAAGUGCGUGAAGAUGGUGGAGGAAGGCAUUAAGCAAGUCAUUCAUGGAAACAGCAACAGACAACGAAUGAAUGAAAAAACUACACAAGCACUAGGCUGGAUGAAAUUCUUGUUUGGACGCAUCGGGGAUUGGCUACCACACAAAUCAGCUGUGCAUCUGCCACCAUCCUACACAAAGAAGUCCCUGUACAACCGCAUGGUAGAAGAAUUUUGUGAAAGAGGUGUCCAACAAGUAAACAUCAUCUCCUAUGAGUAUUUCACUACUAUCUGGGCUGAUCAUCUGGCAAACUUUGUCAUUGCAAAGCGUUCAGAGUUUACAGAAUGUACAACAUGCACAACCUUGAAAGAGAGAAGAGGAAGAGCCCUUACAGAUGUAGAGCAGAAACUUGUAACAGACUUAAUGAAGCAACAUGCGUCCACUGUUGAGCAUGAACGGAGAGCAUAUCAUACUGCACGGGAAAGGGCUAGGUGUCAUCCCACUGACCAGACCACAAUCAUUAUUGAUGGUAUGGAUCAGUCAAAAACUGAUGUGCCCCACCUCAUCAGACGGGACAAGGCAACUGUACACCUCAGUAGACUCCCUGUGCAUAUUACAGGUGUAUUAAUGCACACAGCUACUGCAGAGGGGAGGAUCCCUUUAGUCUAUCUUGAUCAUAAGGAAGUGCCCCAUGACAGUAAUUUAACACUUCACUGUCUUCUUCAAACGCUGAUGAGGCAUCAAGAGAAAUUGGGAAAAACACUGUUUCUGCAGCUCGAUAAUUGUUUCCGAGAAAACAAAAACCGAUACGUCAUUGGUUUUGCAGCACUUCUGGUUGAAUUAGAUAUAUUUGAAGAGGUCACUAUGCACUUUCUUCCUGUUGGUCACACUCAUGAAGAUGUUGAUCAGCUCUUCUCUUGUAUUUCAAGUAAGAUACAAAGGACAAACAUCUAUACUCUGGAUGAUUUGGAAAAAACAGUACGGGACAGUUACACGCCCAUCAUUACUCUUUGCCCUGCAACUCCACUCCUUGAUGUGAAGACGUGGCUGGAACCUCAUUUAUUUGGGGAUUACCACCAUCAUAGUCAUCCUCAUUGGUUCAAGUUCUCUAAAGUGGAUGGAGUCUGUAGAAUGCACUGGAGGAUAUGGGUCACAACCCCUUGGGAGCCCCAACAGGAACCUGAUUCAGACAAUGACGAGAUGGACUUCCAUAAAGGGCUGCGCUGUCUACACAGUAUUCCAGAUUUGAACUCUCCACCAUCUUGGGUUCAACCUUGCCUGGAAAAGGUAAACUUGUCAGCACUGACAAAAGACAUCCUACAAAGUGAGGGGUACAAACUGAGACUGCCUGACUGUGCCAGAUCUUGGUGGGAGAAGUUCCUUGCAAAGAUGAAGGAUUUGGAAAAGGUACCAGUUAGCCCAACUACAUGGCCUGUUGUACAGCUUAAGGGAUCUUGUUCUCAUAUCCACCAACCUGUGCCGUUAGAUUUAGAGGAAAUGCAAACUGCAAUGGCAAAAGAGUAUCCAAAGGUCACAAUAGGACACCAAGGAAAAGUUAGAGAGAGAAAUGUGACGCUGGAAGCUACAAGGUCUUCCAUUGAGGAAGGUCAACUUGUGGCUCUCCACUUAGAUGACAGAGCCAAACGGCCUUACAUUGGUAAGGUUAUGAAAAUCAAUGGCGAAACAAUUGAAGUCCAGUGGUUUAAAGGCUCCUGGUUGAAGCCAUGGGCAGAGAUUAACCUAGGAGUUGGAAAAAACAGACGUCCGUACACAGAUAAACUUCCAGUUGAGUCUGUCAUUCUCUGGGGUUUUUCCUUGACAACAAGGAGUUGCCUGAAUAGUGCAACAAGGACAGAACUUCGUGCCAAGUAUGCUGAAUUAGAUGAAAAGCACAUGCACUAAUACAGCAUCGAUGUAAAUAUAAGUUCCAAGUAUUAAUUACAAAGGUUUUUCACAAUAGCAGUUUCAAAUGUUAAUAAUUCCUUGGUGUCAGGUCAACCCAAUCAAUCCUCCGGAUUGUCAUGGGUUUCCAAAUUUUUCCGAAAUCUAGUGUUGGUUUUAUGGAUUUGUGUCGUUUAAAACGUUUAGUAGAAUUAUUUGAAAAAAACAAUAUUCACCAACGAUUUCGUAAAGUCUUGUACAGGCGAUCAGGAAAUACACAAACCUACAUGUAUGUUAUUCCCUUUGAAAUACUGAGGUAGAAUGGGGUACUCACACUCAUAUUGGGGAAUGUGUACAGUGGGUUCUGCAUUUACAUAUACACUGUACGUGUGAAACAAACCAGCAAUACAUGCCAUGUGUUUGGCACGUGUUGUUGCAGCAAGACAUGGAUGCAAUUUUUAAUUGUGUACGUGCAAUUUCAUGUAGCUGUCAACAGAAAAAUCGGUUGAUUUUUGGGAUGUUUCCCCAGGAUAAUCUUUCAAUAAAUUGGCAUAAUGGAAUAUCACAUACUGUAAUUGACCAAUAUAGAAACCUAUCUGUUGAUGAAGGUGCCAAAAUCUGUGGAGGUUUUUGUGGUUGGAGACGAGUAAUUUCAAACAUGGUGAAAUGACUAAAGUGGAGAGGGAAUACAAUAUACAGAGAUUUCAUCGUAAAAAUUGAAAAAAGUUUGGACACUGCAUGUGCUUGCGAUUAGUUCUUAAAGUAUGAUGUUGGAGGCAUUAAGGACAAAGUUUGUUGUCAAACAAUGUGUGUACCAAACUGGGGAGUACCACACGGCAUUGAUGAUACAACAUAGUCCAACUAGGGUCUGUAAGGUACGCCAAUUGUACCGAACUGGGGAGUACCACACGGCAUUCAUGAUACAAUAUCGGCAAUGUAGUGUCAGUAGGGUACGCCAAUUGGCGUACCGAAGUGGGGAGUACCACACGGCAUUCAUGAUACAAUAUCGGCAAUGUAGUGUCAGUAGGGUACGCCAAUUGGCGUACCGACCUGGGGAGUACCACACGGCAUUGAUGAUACAAUAUCGGCAAUAUAGUGUCAGUAGGGUACGCCAAUUGGCGUACCGAACUGGGUAGUACAACACGGCAUUUAUGAUACAAUAUCGGCAAUAUAGUGUCAGUAAGGUACGCCAAUUGGCGUACCGAACUGGGUAGUACAACACGGCAUUGAUGAUACAAUAUCGGCAAUGUAGUGGCAGUAGGGUACGCCAAUUGGCGUACCGACCUGGGGAGUACCACACGGCAUUGAUGAUACAACAUGGUCCAGGUAGGGUCAGUAGGGUACGCCAAUUGGCGUACCGAACUGGGGAGUACCACACGGCAUUGAUGGUACAAUAUCGGCAAGGUAGUGGCAGUAGGGUACGCCAAUUGGCGUACCGACCUGGGGAGUACCACACGGCAUUGAUGAUACAAUAUCGGCAAGGUAGUGUCAGUAGGGUACGCCAAUUGGCGUACCGAACUGGGGAGUACCACACGGCAUUGAUGAUACAAUAUCGGCAAUAUAGUGUCAGUAGGGUACGCCAAUUGGCGUACCGAACUGGGUAGUACAACACGGCAUUGAUGAUACAAUAUCGGCAAUGUAGUGGCAGUAGGGUACGCCAAUUGGCGUACCCACCUGGGGAGUACCACACGGUAUUGAUGAUACAAUAUCGGCAAUAUAGUGUCAGUAGGGUACGCCAAUUGGCGUACCGACCUGGGGAGUACCACACGGCAUUGAUGAUACAAUAUCGGCAAGGUAGUGUCAGUACAGUACGCCAAUUGGCGUACCGAACUGGGGAGUACCACACGGCAAUGAUGAUACAACGUGGUCAUUUUGGUUUCAGUAGGGGAGUGUCUGUUUUAGUAUAUCGCUCACGUACUGAUCCUUUCUUUUUGAAAUGUGAAGGACCCGAACUAAGAUCUCAUUCAUGCUCUCCCAUUUCGUUUUGAGCCUAUCAGUAUUUUAUGUUCUAUUUCUACAUAUAUUCCCUCGGUUACUUACAUGUAGAUCGGUGUGUUUCUGUGAUUUUUAUUGUUGGAUGUAUAAAUUUACUAAAUUACCAAUAUUGUAUCUUGAAAACCUUUCAUUGAGAUUGAAUUUAUUGUGAGCAAUGGGGAUUUCAGUAUUUGUACAAAAUAAAACAACUGCUAAGAAAAAGGGAA